GGUGUUGUCAAUGGAUGUUCAUCGAGUUAUAAAGCCAUAAACUCAGCCGUCGAAAAAACGUCGAAUCUAAGGAACGUUACCAUAGUUGUAAGAAGGUUCACCAUUUCAAAAGAUAAGAACUUAGUUGACCAAGGUAAUGUACGGAAUAAGCUAUACGCGUAAAUGCAAAUACGUUAAUACAAACAUUCCCUGGCACCAAAUUUUUUUGUUUAGUUUCCUUAUUGUAUUCAAAGCAAUGUGUGCUAUGUCUCUGUCAUGAUUAUAAGAGUGCAAUGCACACAAUAGACGUCACAGAAACUGAGAGGCUGUCUCCUUAAGUUUGUUUUGUCCAACAUGGCGCGCAGCCAUUGAAAGUGUUUUCAAGAUUAUUUUGGACAGUGUCGAUGUGAUAUGCAUAUAGCCCACGAGACAAAUAAAUUUGGUAAGGCUAUCUCCCUAUCACCCCAUCUCCUACCGCGGUUCGUACUAACAUGAUCAUAUUUAUUGUCAUACUUAUUGUCAUUGUCAUAUUAAAUUUUGGAUCGCGUUAUCUUUCAGCUGCGAUAUUACUUCAACAAAACGUAAUUGCACUCAUCGAAGGAAGCGAAACAAAGAAUUCCGCAUGCGCACUAUCAACAGUGACCGGGAUUCCUCUUGUCUGUCUCCAUGGAGACAAAAAGUGCAAAAAGACGGUACAGAUGAUGGUUGGACACAAAGCCUACGCGCGUGCUUCACUUGACAUAAUCAGUAGAUUCAACUGGGAAAAGGUCACAUUAGUAUUUGAAGGUACAAAGUUCAAAUAGUAAUCUUUGAUUUUUUUUUUUUUUGUAAUAUUGCGUGCAGAUUUGAGAUGAAAUGAUACUGAAGUCAUUGCUAAUUAUUUGUUUUAAUAGAGAAUCGUUUACACGAGGCUGCUUAUUUCUACUCCAUAUCUCAAAGCUCAAGCCUUUCUGUAAGGUACAUUCAGAUAUCCGAUGAACAAGAUGCUUAUGAUGGAACGAAGGCAAUGUCGAGUAUUACAGAGCAGAUAAAGGGUAUUGAUCCACAAGUGUUACUUCUGUACACUAACAAAGACAAAAUGGAAAACACACUACAACAGGUAUUCAAAUUUUAACCUUUUUCAUUAGGCCUCAAAUGUUGUGUUUUUGAGAAAGAAGUUUUCUUUUUUUUUCGAAUGACACACAUAAUUUAACUAUACUAACUUCUAUAUCAUCCUUAUUGUCAUAAUCGAUAUUAUCAUCAUUAUAAAAUGAAAUUGAAUUUAAUAAACCAUAAAUCUCCUCAUUAUCAUAAUUAUCUUUUCAUACAUUCACUUUUUUAUCUCUCUUAAAAUUCUCUAAGUAUUCCGGCCAUUCUUUUGUACUCUAUGAAUGUAAGCUCGUUGUCAGUGCUUCUCUGAAUUUUUUGUUCUGAACUGGCAGAUGGAAUCAUUGUUCGAGAAGCAUGAUCAUAUAUGGAUACUUCAGGGAGAGGUAUGUAAAAAUGAAUUUAGCUUCUAUUCCUAAGAUGAAUUAAUCCCCAGACUUGUUAAAAUUAAAGAGAAGCAAAUGCUUUAAUUUGAUUUAUGUCAUGAAACCAGAACUGAUUAUGUUUUAAGACGUGCGCAAAAGAGGGCAGCAUAGAUUAAUUCUGCCAGGCUGUCAGUCAGUAACAUGAUAAAAUUUCAACUAUACGUUUAACUUUUAAUUUCGCUAGAAGUAUGUUUUUAUCUUAAAAUAGAAUUCAUGCUGUCCCAUAAAUGGCUCGACACCAAUGACGUAUGACGUUACACUUCGCCCAGCCGCGACAACAUAAACGGUUCUGAAGAAGAAAUCAUUGAUUUACAAAAAAAUUGGUAAACUCACAUUCUAACGGUGAAGCUGAACCCAAAGCAAGUUGAUAACGUAUUUUGGUUUGGUGUGUAUGGAAUAGUACAGGGUAAUAGGGUAGUAGGUUUUUGCCUAAACACUCCCUUCUAUGUUACUAAAAAAAAAUGUUUCGACAUCCAAUUCAAUUGUGAUAGAUUUCAUGUUUUGUGCCACAGGUUCCGUUAAACUUGAGCUGUCUGCCAAGUAGUGUGGUUGUAUCUAUGAGGCUCCCUUGCAAAUUCGACAACGUCAGACCGUCUAACUCAGAAAAUAACUAUACUUUUAUCAAUAAAGUAGGUUGAUUGAGUUGCAUACCUUCCCAGAGUGAGCUUAAUUAAGCAAAGACGUUUUUGAGCGAUGCACGUCAGCUGAAAGUGACCUUUUUUUUUUCAUUUUUGGACUGUGGUUUUCCCAAAUGUUUGGCCAGAUAAUAUGGUAAAGAACUUAGAAAGGCACAUUUGGUAACGUCAAGGUGAUUUAAAAUGAAAAAGACCCCACUUCCGGUUGACGUGCGUCGCUCAAAAACGCCUUUGGUUAAGCUUCCCUAUAAUACGUAUGAUUCCCUCUUGGUCUCUUUCAGAUUAUAUCAUGGCCUAUUUCCUUUUGCAUAAAACAUGAAAAACCUGCGUAAAAGUAUACAAAAUUUCAUAAAAACAAUAUUUAAGGUGGCUCGACUGGAUUUUUGGGGUUGAUACCUCCCAACUUUGAGCAUUAACUACGUCUGCAUGAGUAAAGAUAUGGAAAAAAGGUUACCACAACUGUAUUAGAUAAAGAUGAAAAUUUCUUAUGAUCUGGGUUUUAUUACAAUCGGAGUCGCCAUGGCAACGUAAUGACGCCAUUACGUUUUUCAUUUAUCUUUGUGUUUCUCUGUUCCAGGAGUUUUUUGAAGAAAUCGCUUAAGGGAGUAUGUACCUGCUAUAAUUGCCUCCAUUAUGGCGUAGUUUGAACAAAUUCUAUGAGAGCGUUUUCGAAAUAUUUUGAAAUGUAGUUUUAAGAAUAAUCAAAACAGUGAAAUAGCAUGCUACCUACACAAUUCGCUAAUAUUUCAAGAAAAUGGUAAGGUUUGGGAACGAGGCUUCAUCUCAUAGUGAUUUGACUCCAUUGAAAACUGCAUACAAAAAAAGAGGGGAAUUGCUCUGGGCGAUCGCGAGUAAGAAGAAUUUUAUUAACUUGCAUUCAGUUGCUUUUGAUAGAGCUUUUGGACGUAAUUUGGUCCAUGCCUAAAAAUUUCGCAUUUUUUCAAAAACCGCUCGAUAAAUUUUUUUAUAAAUUCGACAAUCCCCAGAUCAAUUGUCAAGAUAUAUUCCCUACAAGUUUCAAGAACAUUGAAAAUAGGGAAGGCUUUUAAAUAGGGCCUCAAAUAUAACCAAUUUUCCACCAAGAUUUUGUGUUUACAACUGAGCGUCCUCAUUAUUCACUGGCAUUGUUUUCAAGUUUCAUAUGCACGUGCACAACUAGCAAAGGAUAUAAAUUUGCAUCAAAAAGGACCCUCGGUUAAAUCUCCGGGAUAUGCUAAUUACCGGGUAAAGCGAUUAAUGAUACAUUAUAACAUCAGAGCAACUCUUUGUGAGAGUUUCUGUGAUGUUAUAACCCGAGUAAGAUAAUUAAGUAUUCCAUCCUACACGAUGAGCCGUGACUUUCACCGUUUCGGCUCUCACUGCUAUCUGCGACGACAAGCCAAUUGUUAUCAUAUUCAGGAUAUUUCUUCGGAAAGUAAUCGAGAAUUCUUUUUGAUGCAAAUUUAUAUCUUUUGCUAGUUGUGCACGUGCAUAUGAAACUUGAAAACAAUGCCAGUGAAUAAUGAGGACGCUCAGUUGUCAACACAAAAUCUGGGUGGAAAAUUGGUUAUAUUUGAGGCCCUAUUUAAAAGCCUUCCCUAUUUUCAAUGUUCUUGAAACUUGUAGGGAAUUUAUCUUGACGAUUGAUCUCGGGAUUGUCGAAUUUAUAAAAAAAUUUAUCGAGCGGUUUUUGAAAAAAUGCGAAAUUUUUAGGCAUGGACCAAAUUACGUCCAAAAGCUCUAUCAAAAGCAACUGAAUGCAAGUUAAUAAAAUUCUUCUUACUCGCGAUCGCCCAGAGCAAUUCCCCUCUUUUUUUGUAUGCAGUUUUCAAUGGAAUCAAAUCACUAUGAGGUGAAGCCUCGUUCCCAAACCUUACCAUUUUCUUGAAAUAUUAGCGAAUUGUGUAGGUAGCAUGCUAUUUCACUGUUUUCAUUAUUCUUAAAACUACAUUUCGAAAUAUUUCGAAAACGCUCUCAUAGAAUUUGUUCAAACUUUGCCUUAAUGGAGACAAUUAUAGCAGGUACAUACUCCCUUAAGCGAUUUCUUCAAAAAACUCCUGGAACAGAGAAACACAAAGAUAAAUGAAAAACAUAAUGGCGUCAUUACGUUGCCAUGGCGACUCUGAUUGCAAUAAAACCCAGAUCAUAAGAAAUUUUCAUCUUUAUAUAAUACAGUUGUGGUAACCUUUUUUCCAUAUCUUUACUCAUCCCGACGUAGUUAAUGCUCAAAGUUGGGAGGUAUCAACCCCAAAAAAUCCAGUCGAGCCACCUUAAACCAUUACUUAGUGAAACAACAAGGAAACUUUAUGCAGUAUACAAAUACUGUUAAGUCAUCCAAAAAAAAUCCAAAAAAUUACGGAACGAAAUGCACUGGAAAUAUCACGAAAGGAAAAGACGGUUUAGACAUUUCUUAGUAACUUUCGAAAAGGGAGGAAUUUCUUUUUUGAUAUCUGUCAUCUAGCUUUAUCUAACAAAAAUGGCCGUUGUAUUAUUCUCAGGAGACUGGCUACGCAUACGAUAGCGCUCUGGUACUCUCUCAAGCGGUGAGCCACGAACCUUGUUCCUCUAUGAAUGGUAUUAACAUUGGCCAGAACGAAAGAAAUAAAAUGGCUAGUUGCUUGAAGAAGGUGCGUAUUGAGGGCAGAAUUUAAAAGUAUUUUUAUGAGUGGCUUUCCUUGAGGAAUGAAAGCAAACUAAGCUUAGUAAAUGCGCUAUCAAACUUUCCGUUUGGUGGUUUUGAAUAGCACCUUCUCAUUUCUAUCAGUUACUCACGAUCACGAAGAUAAACAAAAAAAGACACAUCCAGGAAGAAGCUUAAGAUUUUUUAUACCAAGAACUAACAAAUCAUUCGAAAUUUAGCUUUGAAUUUCUUCAAGAAUCAUUGCUUAUUUGAGACGUUUUACGUCGCUAUACGAACUGGAAGUCGGUCUUUGAAAACUUGGCUGCGACGCAUUGCUCAACCCACUUCCCACUUCUCGCUAUUCGGAUAUCGGAAAAACUACCGCCUGCAGUGCUUGAAUCACACUUUCUGUAUUAAACCUCGGUAGUCUACUUUUGAAGCCGCUACACCGAUCAACGAGAGUAAUUUGUGUUAACUUUCUUGCUAAAUUGACUAGAACCAAGCAAGAAUAAUUCCAUGUUUGUUUUACAGGACUUUUUUCCUACCGUGUUUUUAUCUUAUUUUCCAACAGGUUCAUGUAGAAGGUGUUACGGGAAACGUCCAAUUCGAUAAGGAUGGGAAACGAAAUGGAUUUGAAAUGGAAGUUCUAAACCUGAGAAAUAAUUCGUUUGAAAAGGUAUGUCCCUAAAAAUGCCGGAAAGCGUUUGUUCCAAACAAGUGAAUCUAUUUUCGAAUAAUAUAUAAUUUUAUAAUAGUGAAAUUGUAAAAUUUCAAAUGUAUGACCAGUACAGUACAGUACUGCUUCAUUCUCACAACUGCCAUCAUUAGCCAACUUGGGGUCACCAUUACAAAUAAAAAUAACAAUGUGUACUUACACAGCCAAGUUUAUGUUUCUUUUACCACUUUACUUUUGUAUUUGCUUUGCGUUGAAAAUUUGGUAGCCUGAGAAAACAGCCGACAUUUCGCGACGCCACUACUGGUUUCCUAGGAAAAUAACGUCCGCGAAACGAGCGCAGAAAUUCCAUGCUAAUGAUGCGUCUUACGCAUAUCUGGGUCAUUUCGCGUGUGAAAUUUACUUCAGCCAAUCAGAAGUACUACCCAGAUCUGGGUAAUGACGCGUCAUCAGUAAGGAAUUUCUGCGCUUGUUCUCGGGGAAGCCAGUCGUGAAAUGUCCGCCAUUUUCACAGGCGAAACAUUUUGCGUUAGUGAAUUUUUGUUGUCAUUUUCAUUAACAUCGCAGGUUUGUUUACUUGUCCGCAGAUAGGUACGUGGAGUCAGUUAACUAGACCAGGAGUGGUUCUGUUUGACAAGAUUCUACAGAACAAACAAAGCUUAUCGACACCCAGAGGAAUAGAAGGAAGAAAGUUUAAAGUUGUAGUUGCGGAGGUAGGGUAAGAAAUGAAAGGGGAUAAAUAUGGGAACUACAGCUCAUGUUUUUGCCUUUACAGGGACACAGUCAGCUGAUGCACAUGCGCAUUACGUACCUCACAAGGCACGCGCGUCAAACAGAAAGGGAGUAGCACAUCCCAAAUAUCUAAACAAACCUUGAGGAGUUGAUCUCGAUUGCAAGCCAAAAUCGUCAUUAUAGACCCAAAGUCAUAUCAGGGCACUCAUUUUUUUGUAUGCCAUUUGAGAAUUCAGCGAUGGACUUCUCCAGAGAAAGCCAAACAUCGACGAAUAUUUUCGAAUUUGAAGAAUCAGCAGAGGUAAGAAAUGACACGAAGUCUUAUUCAAGGCCGAGACAGCUUGAUUUUUCCAAAUAUAUGUAACCUUCCUCCAUCAAGUUUCCAACUAUUUAUAACGAUGAUUUUCUCUGCAAUGUUGUUGAUUCAUUUCUCUUGUUAUUUUGGAACGAAGACGAUUUCUCCCGUCCGGAGCCUACACCUCCUCUUUUCAUGUUCCUUUGCAUACUGUGUUUAACCAAAUAUAAUAAAAUAAUGUUUUAGGAUGAGUAAAAGUUUGCUCAGAAAGAGGUUUUCAGAAAAAAAAAAAUCGGGAUCGAAUGAUUUGAUUUCGGGUUGAGAUAAACGCUUUUCAAACGGGAAAAAGUAGCGUCCAGGUCAGCGCGGCCCCAUAGCUGACUGUGUCCCUUUUGACCUAAGCUUAUGCGUUUCGUAGGCAUUAUGGGAAUAAUAAAAGCCAGAUGCUCAGGCUACUUAUUCCCAACGGUCACCUUGAUUACGGGAUAGGUGCAAGGAGCAUAACGUGCCUUGUUUCCCUUAAAAAAAAAGCUUUGCAUAACCUUUGUUUUUUAUUUCUCCUGGGUAUUAAAGUGGUCCCAAGAGAAAUUGUAAACAAUGCUAAUGCAAACAAACGUCUCCUGAAAAAAUCAUCAUAACAAACGUUACAAGCGAAAGCAAUGAACUUUAAGAAACCUUUGGGUAAACCGAAAUCCGUUUCACUCUCCUUUAAUUCCUGGGCCGACAAUUCUUUUCCAUUUUUUUUUUUUUAUUUACUUCUAUUUUUUUAUUUCUAGUUUUUGGCUGUUUCCCAAUGGCUAUAACUGCCGAAAGUUUACUAAAUGCCUAGCUGUUAUUUUUUUUUUCUCUUUAUGAACCAUAAGGCAGCACCGUACGUCAUGAGAAAAGUCAGUGAUGAUGGCACUGAGUCAUAUGAAGGUUAUUGUAUGGAUCUGUUAGAUGAAUUGGCAAGAAUACUCAAGUUUAGCUAUGAGGUCUAUACAUCCCCUGAUGGACUGUACGGCGCUGAGACGGAAAACGGAUCUUGGAAUGGGAUGAUUGGCGAGUUGAUCAGUAAGGUUUGUGAGCAGCUGCCUGAUUUAACGUCAUCAUGACAUCAUUGCUACUGUUUAAGAUUAUUUAACAUAUGUGUUUUCCAUCUUCCUGAUUUUAUCAGACACCUUACUAUUUAAUUUUUAAGUAUUUCUCGCUUUAUGUCUAGUUUGAUGGAAAUUUGGUUUCUGCCAAUAAACUCAAUAUGACGUCAUAUUCCGUCAUUGUGUCAAUCAAAUCAUGCCCAGGAUUUGGAAAUGAUGGGUACAUUAUUAUGUGUAAUUUUGGUGGACGUAGCAUGAGCGGUGUUGAAAUUAUAGGGGGCGGGCUUCGAGGCCCCCUUGGUCGGAGGAAGUAAAAUAAAAGCCGGGUCUGAAUAGGGUUAAUGAACGCUGUGACUUUCGACAAUGAAUCUCGACUGUUGUGAAUUUCGCCAAAAUUGUACGACACACCUAGGUUGGAUUUCCACUGUCGCGCAAUUUGUGCGUACACGUAAAUUUUACUCGCGUAAAUAGAAUAGACGCAAUUCAAGACAUAAAGAGUGAGCUUAAACGUGAGGUUAAGAGAGGUUCAACUUUUACCUUUACGUGCGACCUUUCAUACUUUGCCUCUAUUUUAUUUGCGAACAUAAAUUCUACGCACUACGCACGUUAAAAUUACGCGGCAGUGGAAAUCCACCUUUAGGUGAUUGUCAUGAAGUUUGAUGAAAAAGCAAAGAAAUAAAGCAAAAACAAGUAAUUAUUUUUAAUAAACAAACAAACAAAAACAAAAAUAAAUUUCGUUGUCAAGUCAAAUUUAGAGAGGUAUCAUCAUCUUUUGGCUAAAAUUUUUGUUUUGCCUUUUGCCUUGCUAUUCUUGCUGUUACUAAAAUGACAUUUAGUUAGUGCUAAUCUAGGAAACUUUAAAGUUGGAGUUAGUUGCAACUGGCCAUGAUCUUUUAAAUGAGCAAGGAUUUGCUCAGUCGGAAGUGCGCGCGGCCUUUGAUUCCGUGCAGGAGGUUUGGUAAAACGGAGCACUGAUGGAGAGAGGGGGUAAAUUGAGCGUACCCUCGGUCUCAGCUUUGUCAGUCUUAUACGACCGUUAUACAUAUGCAUGAGUUACCGACGUAAAAUUUUCCUUUUGUUUAACUUUAAAUUUAGGGUGGCGUAUCCAUUAUAAACUCCUUUGAGAUGUAAAUUAAAUUUAGCCUUGUUUUAUGGCUCAUACACUACCAGUCAUUUUGUUUUUCUUUUCUUUUUUUCGUUCAAAGAAUGCGGAUAUGAUUAUAUCAGAUUUGACCGUCACAGAAAGUCGUGAGGAAGUUGUGGAUUUCAGCAUUCCAUUCAUGUUCUACACUGAAGAAAUGCUCGUAAAGAAGCAACAUUCAGAAGGAUCAAUUGGUCUUCUGCAAUUUAUGCAUCCGUUUCACAGAGAUGUUUGGACAGCUACUCUGUUCAGCUUGAUUGUCAUUUCCAUUGCAUUGUUUUUAAUCAACUACUUCAGUCCUUGUGAAUAUCUAGGGACUAACGAUAAAUUGAGCUUGUACGACAGUGUCUGGUUCACUGUGGCUUGUAUGCUCCGACAAGCCUCCCAAAAUACGCCAAGAAAUUUGUCAGGUACACAUGUAGAACCACUUAAACAAGGAGUGAGCUAGUUGGGCUUAGACAUUGCUAAACCUAGCAGCAGAAGUAGCGCACCUUGUCUGCCAAAACUUCCAAACCUACCCGUUUAUCUAUUUAUUUAUUGAUUAUUAUUAUUAUUAUUAUUAUUAAUUCUUUGGCUUUGGUGUCGUGCUUUUUCCUCUUACGGAGGCUAGUUGAGACCAUGAACUUAGGGCAGUCAUCUCUCGUGGAUUACUUGAUUGAUAGUGAACCUCCUAAGUAUGCGAGCAGUCCCAAGGAGGACAAUCUUCUGAAACUCUGUUACUAUUGUUAUUAUUAUUAUUAUUAUUAAAAAUAGUAAUUUUUUUAAUAAUAAUAAAAUAACUUUAUUCAUAGAUUCAAAAAAAAAAUAGACUAUUUACAGAUUCAAGAAUAUGAAUAUUAAAAUAUAUACCCUACGUACAUUCUCCUUGUGUACGAAAGAGAAUUGUCGUAAAAUGACUAUCUAAAGACUACUAAUAACAAUUAUAAAAAGCAUCAAAAAGUUAAUAAAAAAAUAAAACUAUCUAAAAAUAAUUCAGACUGAUAAAAAGUUACUACUUAAAUUCUGGCUUGCGCACUUUCCGAUGUAAUGUCAAUGUCAGAUAUAUUGACUGCUCUUUUCUUUCUCCUGGUUCCUCUGAGACACAGCAAGGCUGAUCGUAGUCGUAUUAUUAUUAUUAUUAUCAUUAUUAUUAUUACUAUUAUUUUAAAAAAAUCACAAUGGGCAUAACGCCCCGGCCAACGCUCCAAUAUUCUUUCUCUUCCCCUUUAUUCUUUACUUAAUCAUUUCAACUGAACACUAUAAUGCUGCUGCUUUAUCAUCUAGGACGAAUUCUAACAGGAAGCUAUUGGUUCUGUGUCCUCAUCUUAGUCUCUUCAUACACCGCUAAUCUGGCAGCCUUUUUUACUGUAAAAAGUGCGGAAACUCCCAUAAAGAGCCUUGAGGACGUUGCUAAGUCUGCUUAUAAAGUGGGGGUAAUACAAUCGUCAAGUGUAUCAGAAACACUCAGGAAAAGCGAAUACGAAAUGCAUAAAGCGAUAUGGCAGAGAAUUGAGGAGUACAACACCGAAGUCCACAGUGUAAGUGAAGGUGUUGAGCUGACAAGAAACGUGGAGCAGUUUGUGCUUAUUCAAGAUGGGCCCGUUCUGAGAUACGCUGCACACCAGCCACCAUGUGAUCUGACAAUAGGUAUUAACAAGAACUGAUUCUCUCUUGGUUUUGACAGAAAUUAGUUACCGUAAAAUUCCGAAAAUAAGCCCCUCCAUGUAUAAGCCCCUCCAAAUAUAAGCUCCCCCAAACUUAUAACGUAAAAAAACCGUCCUUUGAAUCGCCCCUCCAUAUAUAAGCCCCGCCCCGGGGGCUUGUACUCGGGAAUUGCCCUCAAAUACAAAGUAAAACAAAGCAAAAACGGUAAAUUUCCUUCCAACUGUAAGGCUAGCCCACUCGAUUUUGAAGCGAAAUGUUCCCUCCAUAGAUAGGCCCCUCCGAAUAUAAGCCCCUCCAAAAAUAAGCCCCUCAAAAAAGGCCUUGAAACAUAUAAGCCCCGGGGCUUAUUUUCGGAAUUUUACGGUAUGAUAUCAAAUUGUUUAAAGCCAGAAAAACUGUUUAAAUACUAACCCUUCACAAUAAUUGCAAAAAAAUUCACUUGAUCAGAAAUUAAAAACAAAAACAAAACAAUAAAACUGAUGAUUGAAGAUAAAAAAUGAAAAAAAUUGAACUAGCAAAUCAAUGAGGAAUCUUUAGAUCGGCCAGCGGACGAGUUAAGAGAAAAGGCGACGACCUCAGUAUCAGUCUUCAUGCAUAACAUAUUCAUAUUCUAACUUAAUUGGUCAAUAGGCCAUUGCCGAAUUGCCCAAGCCUCUGUUUCAAAGCGAGGCUUAGUGGGAAGCCUUUGAUAUGAAAAUGAUUUGUUACUCUCAUGCACUAAAACAGAUUUUGACAAGUAAGGUUUUGGCCUCGUUUUGAAAGUGAGAGUUUUUGGAACUUGGAAAUGGCCUAAUAUUAAUAUUGAUAGAGCACCGAAGCUAGCGUAUAUCACUAAAGAAUAAUAGUCUACAAAAGAGUGACAUGUCUAUAUAUUUCAACAUGGUCUCUUUUCUACACAACUGUGUCACCCAAAACUGGUUUUCUUGAGGUGCGGUGGUGCUUACCACCGAAGGUAUGGGCAGACAGGCAAUAAAAUGCGUGAGACACCAGAUUUCUCAGCUAUAGUUCUCCGCUAGCUAGCUCUGGUAUAAAUCGCUAGCAAAGAGAAAAACCAAUCGGGAUCUGCUUUUUAGCCUUUUCCCUCGCUUUAAUCUUUAUUAUAUAAAUAUUCGAGCUCCCUUUCGUAUUAUUUGUUAUGAAAACGUUGAUAAUCCCUGCGUCAUCGUUCAUCUCUUGUGGAAUUGGUACUUUACUCAACAGUGGCGGAUCCAGGGGAGGGGCCCUUCUUGGAGACGAGCCCCCCCCCAUAUCUCAGGGUGUGGAAGACCGCACACCCCAAACCCCCCCUAGUAAGUAAAGGUCUGGAUCCGCACUGCUGAAUAGUUUUAUUUGAAUUGCACUAUUCACUACCCCCCAAUUCUCAACAAUGUUUUAACAUUAAGUUUCAGGUCUAAACAAAGCCAAAGGACUUGCUCUUGCCUUGCAAGAGAAUGAUCUGCACACCCGCCUGUUCACACUUGCCAUUCUACGUUUUCACGAAAGUUCUUUCCUUAAGCAGCUGGAGAAUAAAUGGUGGAAAAAAUCACAAGGUUGCCCCGAAGAAGAAGAUUCAAGUAAUAAAUUAACUGUAAUUUAUUUUUGCCUGUGAUUUAGCUAGCUGCAUGCUGUCCGUACCAUCGGGUGUCCGUUCUAGUCGGGUGUAAACAAAACUUUUUCACUCACUUGGCCAGCACUUCUACAAAUUCAUGGGAAGAAAACAAAGUAUUUAGACAAGAAAAAGUUUCAACUCUCACCGGAUUGGGUUUAGACACCAAAGUGACAAACGCGUUUCAUUGCGUUUUGGGACAACAAUAUGGCGGACGUUAUGUCAUGUGAAAACGAUUUAAAAACUGAAAGGAGAGAAGCUAUUGUGUACUUUAAUGAAAAAGAACACAAUCCUGAUAAAUUUUUGUUAUAGCAAAACAGAAAAAAAAGUUCCUAAGUAUCCAAAAGUGCUUACUACGUUGGGUAUUUGUGUUCUGUGCAUCUUUGAAUUUUUAUUUUGACUUUAUGUAAGCUAAAAUUUAGUAGUUAGCAAGGGGAACCUAAUCUUUUUUUUUUUUUUUUUUUUUUUUUUUGGUAGUCUUCAUGUAAUGAAUGUCAAAUAUGCAAAUUUUGACAAAUAUCUCAGUGUAGCUGUUAUUGCAGAGAAAUACCUUAAAUUUCUAGAUUUGUUAAGCUUUAAAUCGGCAAAAUGUUGUAAUUUUCUUGUUUGUUUGUUUGUUUGUUCGUUUGGUUUUCUUCCUCAAGCAUUGAUUCAGAAUCGAAUCAAACUAAGUAGCAUGACGGGUGUGUAUGCCUUGUUAGCUGUUGGAGCCGUCUUCGCCUUUGUGGUGCUGAUUGCUGAAAUACAAUGGAAGAGAAAACACAAA